AUGCGUGUCUAUAGUGUGACAGCAAACUCGUUCGACGAGCGGCUGGUCGAUGUCAAGCAACCCCCUAAUCUUGCCAUUCUAUCCCAUGCUGUUGGCACUUCUCUCUCUUCCAGUAUCCAACCAGCCUCGGAAGUUGCCAUCAAAUACGGCGCUACGUGCCUCUGGGAGUUCUCAAUCUGCAUCGACCAAACUUCCAGCUCUGACGUCGACCAAGCCGUUACGGAGUGCUACUCGCGGCUGAAAGGUGCACUGGUCUGCCUGGUCUAUCUUCAUGAUCUCCCCACGCUAAGCUCAUCCGUCGACGGAGACGCUUGGAAAUCAUGCAGGUACUGGACCCGAGCCUGGCCAUUGGCCGAGUUCGUGGUGCCUAAGAGAGUAGAGAUCUUCGACUGCCAGUGGAAUCACCGCGGGAGCAAAGGCUCCAAGGAGCUUCUCCCCCUCCUCUCGGGAAUCACGAACAUACCCAAGAGUGUUCUCCAAGAUCCAGAAACGAUGCUGGACACGCCGGCCAGCCUCCGGAUAUCUUGGGGCAGCAACAGGAACACCAGCCAGCCAGAAGAUGUAGCCUAUGCUCUGAUGCCAAUUCUGGGUAUCAACAUCCCAACGCGAUACGGAGAAGGCUCCGCUGAAGCUUUCCUACGACUUCAGAAGGCGGUUCUUCAUAAUUCUCUUGAUGCUUCCAUCCUAUUCUGGAGACAGGGCCAGCAAGACGCGAUUGACAGACUUCUUGCACAGUCUCCGGCUGAAUUUACACAUACCUCCACAGAGGGAGUUCCCAACAUCAAUUCAUCAUAUUCGACGCUCCAAGCGAGCUAUGAUUGGGAUUGGGAAAUCAUUGACGACAACCAGCUGAGGCCCUCUUCAAAAGGGGCCCCAAUUGACAAUGUUGCAAUUAGGCCAAAGGAUGAUCUGUCCGGAGCCUCGUGUGAGGAUGACCAAUCACAGGAUACACCACUGCAUAUCACGGGCAUCAAACGAAAAAGAUCCGCCAGUUCAGUCACUGCAGUUGAGACUGACCAAAAUACACCACAGGCCCAUAGUGAUAACUUUCGGCAGGAAGGAUCGGGAUGGGACGAUGACUUUUCGGACAGCGACAGCGAUAGCGACUGUAGCUGUCACUGCCACUCCCAGGUCUAUUUUGCUGAAGAAUCGGAGCCAGAGGGCUUCGUACUCGAUCCCUCUCAUGAGCUUCAUGGGCUACGGCUGGAUAUUGUGGAGUUCGCGUUUGAUGUCAUCCAAAGAAACCUGGAAGCCGCUGUCUACAAUGCUCCCCCCGAUGACCGGCUUCCUCCUCAGAAACGGUUAAAGGCAGCAAAUUGGGAGACGCCUUGUGAUGAGAAACCAACCGCAUCUCGAACCAAGGGCUACUUUCACUUGGCCUGCCCGUUCUAUACCAUCAACCCCACAAAAUAUCAAUGGUGUCUCCUCCAGCAUGAUCUGCAGUCUAUCGAGGACGUUAUAAGGCACGUUACUGAGCACCAUACAGAGCCGCCGUAUUGUCCAAUAUGUAGAAGGGAGUUUGAGCGAGCCUUGACACGCGAUAUUCAUGUUCGAGAACGGACCUGUACUCCGUCCACGGGAGACGUGGACGGCGUGAAUGAUCGCCAGAAACGCAUGUUGGUAAAGAAGGACAAGAUUCAAAUGGGGGAACGGAAGAGGUGGGUGCGAAUAUGGCGUACGGUGUUUCCAAAUAGGGAACUCGGGGGCAGCCCUUACUUAGACAGUGGUUUGGGCCGCAAUAUAUCUAUACUCAGGGAUUACUGGGUAUCUGUUGGUUAUGAUAUAGUUAUGGAGUUUCUCGGUAGAGUUGGGAAGUCGGAUCGUUUUAAGCUGCAAGACAUCAAGGCGCUCUCUAAGAUGUGCCUAGAGGACCUUGUGAAGAGACUGGCUGGAACGCGCGAUCUUUCCUUGAGUAGUACUCACACAUCCUGA